UCGGGUUUUUAUUCUUGCAGGAUUUUAUUUUUCAGCAUCUAUUUGAUCUUUUUUCUAUUUAUUAAUUCUAUUCUCCGUUCAUGUUUAUACCGACAGACCAUCUUCCAUCUUUCUGGAUUUGAUACUUUACGUUUCUUAAGACAACCUAAAUUCAGCUGGGAGAAGUUAUUCUGAGGGGAUGCUGCGAUCAAAUUAUUUUAAUAACUAGCAGGCCUGUUUGUCUCUCAGUUCACGGACUCGGUGCGUGUUUCCUCUGCGGGCUCACGCCACGCGGCGGGGCAGACUCACGCAUUAACGGCAGGUGACGGUUUGCGGAGACAGCGCGCAGGCAGGUGCUAACUGUCCGAGUUGAUGGCGGCCAACCGGGUGGGCAGGCGGGUGAACCGGGUGACCCAGUCCCCGAGCCGGGCCGGGCCGGGCCGGGAGCCGGGCCGGGAGCCGGGCCACAGCCUGCAGCGGCGCCAGGCUCGGGUCACCGUCAAAUACAACCGCAGGGAGCUGCAGAGACGGCUGGACGUGGAGAAGUGGAUCGACUGCGGGCUGGACGAGCUGUACCGCGGCAGGGAGGAGCAGAUGCCAGAGGAGCUGAACAUCGACGAGCUGCUGGACCUGAAGACUGAUGAGGAGAGAACACACAGACUGCAGGAGAUUCUUCAGUCGUGCAACAACAACACCGAGGUGUUCAUCAGGGACUUGGUGCUGAAGCUUCCGGGGCUGCAGAAGCAGGAGGAUCUGCACAACGACGGCAUCGACCUGCCGCAGCUGCACAUCUACCCCGCCCGCUCCGGGUCAGCCGAGCGGGAGGUGCUGCACUGAGAAACAAACGCACCAAUCCAAUCCAAUCCUGAGCUCUAACCUGCCUCGCAUCACCCACGAGCAUCCUGCUUUACCCAACCCGGAGGAGCUGGACUGAAAAAGAAACACACCCUAACCCGCCCAGCUCUGCCCACCACAGAGGUGCUGUAGUACAAAACCAACAUACCCACUGUUGCUCCGUGUAAGGAAACGUCUACCCCAACCAACACAAUGUAGCUGAUUAGGAUCUUGCCUCUUCAUAUACCCCACCCAACCCUGACAGACUGUACUGAAAAAUAAACAUACCCAAGGUCUGGGACCACAGCUAUACCUGAACUAUUGGAGUUUAGCUGACCAGGAGGCGCUGUACUGAGAAACAAACAUACCCAAUCUACCAGUCACCCCUGGUGCUGUCAAAUGGGAGGUUCUGUACUGAAAAAUAAACACACCCAGUGUCUAAAUAUAUAUCUAUCUCUGGUCAACAGGGAGGUGCUGUCUUACAAAACAAGUACACCUCAUUUUGACCUGCUCUGUAACUCCUCCCAGCUGCAUGGAGUCUCUGCAAUAAUAAACAAACAUACCCUGUCCUGCCUCUCACCUGUAGCUCCACCCAGCCAGUAGAUUCCACAAUGAAAACCAAAUGUACCCCAUCUUGUGCCCACAAGGAGGGAAAUGGUGCAUUAUGAAACAAACAUACCCAAUGGCUUAAAAUCAGUGAGAGCUCCACCAGCCAGGAGGCUCUGCAAUGAAAAACAAACAUGUCCAGAGAGGAACAGACUUCUUACCAGGUCAAACCAUUUCAGCUGACAGGGAAACACAGCAUGAUGAAUCAAACGCACCCAACGAGACCUUGCCUUCUAUCAUCUACUACAGCCACAGGAGGUGCAGUGAUGGAAAACAAGCAUACCCAGGAGUCCUCAGGUGCUGCAGUUAAAAACAAACACACCUGAUUUAGUUCUGGUUUACAACCCCACCCACCUGACCUCUCCAGACACAAGAUAAACAAACACACCCAGUGUAAACCUUAAGUCCACCAGGGGCGUGACAUCAGGGAGGAGCUGCAGUGAUAAAUUAAUGCAACUGAAUAUCUCCGUGAUGAUGUGCUACAAAUCAAGUGCACCUCAUGUUCCCCCUGAACCUCAGAGCUACACCUCAAGCUCCACCUGCAGGGAAGCCCUGCACUGUAAACCAAACGCAACCCGGAGUGAUCCUGGUCUGUUUAGCCCAUGUUUAAGAUGUCCGACACUUUUUUCUACCUUUAAAUAUUACGUGCUCAAGUGUGUGUGUGUGUGUGUGUGUGUGUGUGUGUGUGUGUGUGUGUGUGUGUGUGUUUAAAGCUUUGUCAUGUUUGACCCGACACAUGAAGGGUUUUAUUCCAAAAUGAGAUGUGAAACUCCAGUUAAAAACUUCACAUCAGGAAUGAAAAUUAAAAGUUAUCAAUUAUUUAUCAGUUAUUAUCAAAUACCACAUUUACUUAUAAAACAAUGACAUCAAAAAUUAUAUUAAAUGAUCAAAAUGAGUUGUAAUUAAAUCAGCUGGUGAGCAUCAGGCGUUUUUUCCCAAACAUUUUAUUUUGGAAUAAAGCUCAUCAUACGGUGAUGAGAUUUUAUGCUUUUUUGUUUCACUUGAGGUUGUUUGACAUUCCUGUUUUGCUUGGGAGUUUUGUGUGUCAUGUUCCUUUAGACGCCAUGAAUCAAAUACACAUUUACAGGAGGACAAUGGCAGGUGUAAAAGGUUUAGAAGGAAAUAUGACAUGAGGAAUAUCAGAGUCUUCGUUGGGUUGGAAUUGAAAAUAUGUGAGGAAAUGAUUUCCACAGAUUUUCCACCUACGAGAACCCAUGUCUCCACCUGCAGGGGGCGCCACAGAGGCUCAAAACAGAGUCAAAUGAGCAGUGGUCAGUGGGACCUUUCCAGAAACUGAGCUCUGUAAAUGAUAAUCAUGUUUCUCCUGAGUGUUGAUGAAAAUGAGCAGCCGCUGGUUCAGAAGAUCCACAUUUCUCUGAGCUCAGAUGAAGGAAAUGUGGAUCCAUUUCUGCAGCCAGUCAGCAGCACAGAGCCUCAGUGCGAGUGGAAAUCUGCUGAAACUCACAUCAUUUUACAGCCAUGGAUUAUCAUUUCAGUUUAUAAUCCUGUCUACAGCAGAAAUAUUGACAGGAACAGUGCAGUUACUGAUCAAUAUCUGGAAUCAAAUGGACUGAUCAGUUUAGAGCAUUUAGCCCCACUGACCAACACAUAUUCUGCUCUGUUUAGCUCAGUGCUGCCCCCGCUGGACAAAACACUGAACUGCACUGUUUUUCUGUCUCGCAGCAGGAAGUGGACGAGGGUCAGGUUUCUCUCUCUGCAGGUUUAGUUUGACCGUCACGUCGUCAGUUUUGGUUUAACAGAAGAAAAAAAGCAAAGCAGUGAAAUUCCAGCGUCGGCUGCUGUGAAUCAGGGAGCGAGCGGCAGCUGCUGACACACCACAGACUGUUUACACUGUAAACAGCUGAUAUCAGAUAUCAGUCUGGGUGACACUCCUUCACACACACAGUGAAAGAUUUCCUUAUUAGAGCUCUGUCCCAGUUAUUUUGAAUGUUUGGUCCAUUUACUCAUUUUUUAUGUCAACAAACCGUCUAACAGAUCCUUCAGCAGCUACAGAUUUCACAGCACAGAGUCAAAAUGUGAGUUUGUGGUUGAAGCAGCCGCCUUAUAAUGUUCUGCUUCUGCAGCGAACAAAGUC